GUUUUGGAAAUACAUUGAAAUAAUAAACAAAACCAAAACUAGCGGUCAAUUCAUUGCAAACACAAAACAAAAAAAAACAUUUUUUUUUGUGUUGGACUUUACACCCGACGGGUCAUUACAUUACUGACCAUCAGUGGCCACAUCGCAACCGCCGCCGACACACAAUGACCGUAUUUCAUUAUAUGCCGUCGGAGAUUGCCCGACUUGUAUUAGGCUAUCUUCGGGAAGUCCAGUGUCCGCUAACCGAACGCCAGUUUGUCGACGAAUGCCGACAUUUGGCCGAAUACGCUGUCGGCCUACGUCACGGCCGCCAAUACUCGACCAAUAUUGACGGGAAAUCGUUGGCCGACAUUAUCGACGGCUAUAGCGAAGCGGUCAACAACAAGACCACUGCCGAUGCAGCCGCCGAUAGUCAACCUCAAGUCCAGCCACCACUACAGCCGCCGCAACCGAUAGUCUGCGACACAUCGGAGACCAUCGAAGCGGUCGGCAAAACGUACGAUGAGAUACAACGACUGUCCAGACAGUUGUCCAAAAUGGAAACAUUGUUGAGCCGAUUGAAUCAAUCGGUGGCCGCAAAUCAUCGACAAGUGAUGAUCAAUGCGGCCAACAAUCUUAACAACAAUAGCCACUAUCGGAUAAUACCGUCGCCGUCGUCGGUGUCCACUUCUAGUCCCUAUUACGCGACCUCAGUUGACACACCCGUAGCCACACCGAACCCGGCCUACUUGUCGUCGUCGUCUGCGGCGACAAUGAUUACCGAAACGCCGCACAAACAAACAGCUAAUACGCCGUCGAAACAGUUGUCAACAGCAGUAACGCCGCGCCGCAAGAGUACACCGCGACGUCUGGCCAAUGGUUUGUCGCCGUUUAGGUCGCCGAUGUUAUCCGCAUUGAAUUCCAGUUACAAUAAUAACAGUUCCGGCGGCGACUAUUCAGAUCAUACGCUGGUGGACAACAGCGACCAAAUCGACCGAAGCGAUGUCCAAUUGCAGAUGGAUAUCAACGAACCGCUGGUUCAGCCGGAGUUUAUUGUCGAAGAAUUACUAAAUUUCGAGCCAUUGCACGAUAUUUUGGCCGAAAAUAUCAAUAAAAUAUUUGCCGCAACAAACAGUAAUGAUGGACACCAUCAUCACCAGCAACAACACCAACAUAACCGAGAGGUAGCCAUAAGACAGUCAAAUACGAGUGAUAAUCAUCAUCGACAACAACAACAACAACAACAACAAUCAUCUCAAGACAACAAUAACUACGAACAGCCGCCAGAGAUACAUAUCAACGAAAGCGAUAUGACCAACAUAUUGGCCAACUUGGAAACGGCACCCGAAUUCAAUGCCAUUCUGGAUAUUAUUACCGAAAAAGAGCUACAAAUGACACCCUAUAAGGACUUGUCGAGUGUUGAAACGUCUGGCGGAUCGUCAACUGUGUCCUCAUUGAACACACCGAAGACACCGCAGCAGCAGAUGAUGCUAUUGUCUUCAUCGUCAGUACAUAAACGUCAUAAUCAUCAACAGUCGUCCAACUCUGUGGUCAAAAAUUUGAUGACCGAUUUGAGUACACCAGAGAAACAACAGCACACUAUAACACUGUACGCUGCGUCGGCUGCUUCCCGUAGUCCAGUGGUUAGUAGGAGUAGUGGCGGCGGCAAACCGCGGCGUAUGAUGACUCCCGUAAAGUUGACGCCCGUCAAACUGAUGCGCAGCGAUAUGAUGUCCACUACUAACGCAACCGCCGCUGCCGCCACUGAUGACUAUCAUAAUAGUAUACCACCAAUGAUUAUACCGUUGACUGGCGACGAUUACAAUCUGAUCCAGAGUUCCCUAACCAAUGGUACGAUUACUUCGUACUCGCUGUCGACUACGGCAUCGGUAUCGGCUUCGGCCUCGUCAGCGAUGUUCAGCCGAAAAGGCGGCGGCAAAAAUGUCAACUUUACAAAGUCGGCGUCCGAUCUGCAAGUGAUUAAGUCAUCCACGACGACUACGGCGACCGCCGCCGCCACCCGUCAAGAGAUGCUACCGCCCAGAAAAAUAUUGCCAAAAUUGCCGCCGACAUUGGCCGUCACCGCCACCACCACUCAGCAAACAUUACCGCCGACAACAACAGUGAUUCCCGUUUACGAUGUUAUUAGUCCGCAAGCGGUCAGCAUUAUAGUCAACAACGAUAACAACAACAGUGCUGCGGGAAAUGUCGUACAAAUUAACGGCGCGUCCGCUACUAUAGCGGCCGCGGCCAACGUUGUUGACCACCAACAACAACAACAACAGGUUUCGCAGAUAUCUAAACAAAAAUCUUUUAGUCAUCAACAGCAACAACAACAACACCAACAAAAUCAUAACAAACAACAACAACAACUACAGUCACGGAUGACGACGACAACGAAGGAUAAUAAUAAUAAAAAUACCGGUAAUUAUAGCCAUAAGCGACACAAUACUAGUAGCGAUUCGGUGACCAAUAAUUCCGAUGGUAGUCGACGUAGUAGUGGUGGUAGUAGUGAACCGCCGGCCAAAGUUCGGGCAUCCGAUAGACAUUUGCCAUCAGUUAAUAUAUUAAGGAAAAUGAAUGCAACGAAUAUGAAUAAAGUGCUCAAAGAUUUUCAUUCAUCGAGAAAAUCAAAAUAAUUUAUUUUUAAUUUUUUUUUGUUGGUUUUAAUUAGUUUUUUUUAAGUACCGGUAGUUUUUAAGCCAACCAAACAAACAAAAAUUAUAUACCAUUUUGUUGUUGUUGUUGUUAUUACCGAUUAUUAUUAAUACCGUAAUAAUUGGUAUUAAUUUUUUUUAGGGAACCGGUAAUUAAUA